AUACCUACGUGAGACCAGUUGGUUUCUAUGCUCGAGAGCUUCAACAGUUGUCGCUUAGUGGCUCUAACAGACCGUUCACUUCUUCGAGGGUUGCUAACGUAAACCUUGUGACAGAUUUCGCCAGCGAAAUUAUCACAGAAAAAUUGUACAUUUAAUUGUUUCGUUACUGGACGCAGCUGGACCAUCCCUAGGAUGUCGAACUUGAAAGAAGCUCUGGGAAUCGGCGAACUUACCGAUAAGGAGUCAGGCCUUUAUCGAGCUCUUGUAGCGGAAUUCCUCGGCACCUUGCUGUUGAACUUCUUCGGCUGUGGAUCGGUCGUCACUGGUAACAUCGUUGCCAUAAGCUUGGCCUUUGGUUUGACGGUAGCCGCCGCCAUUCAAGGAAUCGGACACCUUUCCGGUGGCCACGUCAAUCCAGCGGUCACCUUUGGUUUAAUGGUAAUUGGUAAGGUACCAAUAAUUAGAGGGCUACUGUACGUGAUAGCUCAAUGCAUAGGGGCGAUAGCAGGGUCUGGUGUGUUGAGAGCAUUAUCUCCCGAACGAAUGGAGGGUGCACUAGGCGUGGUAUCCCUCUCCGAUGAUGUUACACCUGUCCAAGGAUUUGGUAUCGAAUUUUUCCUCGCUUUGAUACUGGUACUGGUCGUUUGCGGUGCAUGCGACCCGGCUAAACAUUACAGCAAAGGAAUGGCCCCUCUCAUAAUCGGACUGUCGGUCUUAGUUGGUCAUCUUGUUGGCGUACCAAGAACUGGAGCAGGAAUGAAUCCAGCUAGAUCGUUAGGCAGUGCAGUGGUGAUGGGAAUGUUCGAUAAUCAUUGGCUUUAUUGGAUCGGUCCGAUUCUGGGUGGAAUGGCGGGUGCAUUGAUCUAUGCAUUUGUAAUCAGUCCUGCAAAGGAGGAGGAACUUCCGCGAACAUACGCUGCGGUCGCAACAGCGGAGAAAAGGGAACGAUAAACAAGAAGAGGACAGAAAUGGAAUUAAUUACACGCAGUGCAAUUAUGGAGACGGUCCCUGAUUUCGUUUAGAGAAUCAUCUUAUUCAUGAAAAUAUCGCAGAGAAAAUAAGUGGUUAGCUUUAUACGCUUCUAUCAGCACUAUAAAGUAAAUUGCUCUAUGAUUUUUAGCGAAAUGAAUGCAAAAUCAUUAGAGGAUAUUUUAAGGGAGAUUUUAACCGUCGUACAAUGACAUCCGGCUCGUUUUUGAGUUACUAUUAAAGCAACAAGUUGUUACAGUUUCAAGUCUAAAGCCAGGAAACCCAAGUUGCAUUUGUGUUAUAUUUUAGCUAUAAUUCUACGUCUAAUUAUGUGUAAUUUGUAAAAUUAAGAAUUGUGAAAGACUUAUAAUAUCCUAAGGUAUUGUUUACUGUUUGCUUUGAUAUUUCUUGAUUUAUUAAUGUAGAUACAUAUAUGCUUUGUCAAAAAAUAACAUUUUUUUCAGUACA